AUGUUUAGAACUAUUAGAUUAAUACCUAAAUUGUUAAAAUUUACUUAACUUGCAACUUGUUUGACUCUCAUCUAUAAUUAAUAAUCAAAGUUCAAAUGUUCAUAAAUUAAUAUGCAAACAAUUAAAAUCAUUAAUGAAAAAGAUGUAAAUACAUUGUUAGCAAAUCCAUAGCAUUUCUCUAAUACAAUCAUUAUUUUAAAUAAAAACAUAAUAGAAGAUCUUCCUAAAAAUUUGUAAGUUAAUUUUUGUAUUUAUGAUGGCAACUUCAAUGAUUAUGAUUUGAUUGCAGUUAAUUAAAAUAGAUGUCUUCUAUUGAAAAUAAAAGGAGAAGAAGAUUAUUUGAAAUUACUUAAUUUCUUAACUCCCUUAUAAAUCCUAAAUAAUAAAUAAGAUGCUAUCAAUCUUAUUGAUAAAAUGGAUGCUAAGAUUAUCUUGAGUUACAUACCAACAAAAAUAAACACAGAAGAAUAAAUAAAUACAUUUUAGAUUUCUUAAUAGAGUGAUCCUUAAUAAUUUGAAGAAUAAUUAAGAGAGCUCAGAUUUCUUGAUUAUAAUAGAGAAGCUCAGUAUUACAUUAUUAAAGAUAAGAAAGUUGCUGAAGAAUUCAAUUUAUCAAUUAAUGAUAUUGGAGAAAUCUUUGUGCUCAAAUAAACAAGUAUCUUUAAUUCAAAAGAAUCUUCCUUUCAUCUUAAUGACAAAGAAUAUUACAUGAAUAAAGUAGAAAAAGAACCAAAUAUUUAAAUUAAAGAUACUUUUAAUAUGAGAAAAUAGUAUGAUUCUUUAUCUACUUAUCUUUUAGAAUCUAAGGAAUAGUCUAUUUAAUAAUAAAAUUUAUAGAAAUUUGUUUAAAGAUUAACUUUAACAGCCAAUAAUUAUGUUAAUUAUGUUUUUAACAAAUAAUAAAUGGAUUCUUAAUUACUUAUUUAUAAACAAAUGGGUGUACAAUAUAUUUUGAUGUAUCAUACUCAAAAUGAACUUAAUGAAAAGAUUAUUCAAAAACUUAUUAAUGUCAAAAAAUCUAUGAAUAUUGAAUAAUAAUAAUAAUUUGGAAUAAUUUAUUCAGAUAAUAUUGAUCUAAUCUAAACAUAUUUUGGUAUAGUUGAUAAUGGUAUUACAGAUGAUGUAAGAUUACUUGAUCUUAAUUAACAUCAAACAUAUACAACAUAAUUCAAUAUGAUUUAAUUAGGAGAAAAUUAAUAUCAUUAUGAUUAAUAUAAAUAAUGUAAGAGAUAUUCUUUUGGAGAUAAAGUAACUGUCAAUAGAUUGAAAUAGUUUAUUAUUUAAACUACAAAUUUAAAUAUUUAAAAUAUAGAACCAUAAGAUAAGAAUAGAGAAGAAUAUUAUGAAAAAACAUUUGUUAAAAUUCCAUUAGACAAAGUACAAACUAUAACUGCUAAUAAUUUGGAAUUGUCAGGAUUUGAUUUUAUUUAUUUUUAUAAGCCAGGAUGUGCUGCUUGUCACACUGUUGUUGAAACCUUAGAAAAAAUUGCAUGGAAUAUAUGCAAUCCUAAUCCUUAUAGAGUUAAAAAUAUAUCUAACUUUAAAAAAAUCUCUUUAAAAAAGUAUAUUAUUUAUUAAUAAUUAGAUAUAAUAUUUUAAAUGAAUCCCAAAUGUUGCCAUCUCCAAUUUAAGCACCUUAAAUUUAUAUAUUAUAUGAUGGAAAAAUAAAAAAAGCAGAUUUAUUAUAAAAUAAGAUUAAUCCAGGAGAUGAAUAAAAAAUGCUUCACUUCUUAACAAAGUUUAUUGAUAAUCUUUGA